AUGGCAAUCCCACAGAAGCGCAAGGCUGAGGCAGAGCCCGAAAUCGAGGACGUCGUCAUGCGCGACGUGGCUGACGAUGAUGCUCUUGAGAGAGACACUUAUUGCUCUCGCCUGGCUAGCAUCGGCGCCAACAUUCGAAAUGGGCUUCUUGGGGCAAUCAAGGGCGUCUGCACGCGCGCCGUUGGCUCCUUUUUCACCCAUCGCGAUCGAUUCAUGCACAGCAUGGUCGAGAUGCGCCAUAGGACUGACGAUGGCCUUUCCAUCAAGCGCUUCAAGCGCCUGCCACUCGACCCCAGGAAGGCCUUUACCACCGCCACUCUAGAGAACGCGCUCCCCGUCACCUACCUGAAAGCUCUCCCAGAUGGCCAAUACUGUUGGACAAACAGGGUCACAGAGUACCUCGGCGUCAAGAAUCACAUCUCCGUCGACGCCUUCUUCUCCAAUCUCAUGUCCAUAGUCCGCUCCGAAAGAGUCGAAGACUAUCUUGGCAUCGAUUAUGCCAUCGACCCACUCAAUGUCCCAGCCUUCGUCCUCGAUAGACUUCGGGCAAGCGGCAACGAUCCAACCCUUUCCAUCUUGGUACAUAACUACUACAUCGAAACCGCCCAGGAGAGGGGCCACCAAGCCUUCGUCGAGGCCGGCAAGACCUUUUUCGACAAGCUUAACAAGCUUUCAAAGAUCUACCGACUCGUCUACAAUGGCCAGGGCCGCGUCCCCUUCCUGAAGGAUUUGGGAUUCAAGCCAUACGAUCACCUCGAAUCCGACGGCAAAAACGGCCUGCUAUCCCACCAAGAGAGACUAGUCUACUACGAAUGUGUCGUCUUCUUACAGUACAUCCUCACCCAGCGCGCAGCGUUCAACCAGACGUGUCCGGUUCAGACUAUCGCGGGCAUCAUCGUCGAUUUUGACGCUCUCCACAAGGAUGAGGCCCCCCCCAGCUAUGUGGAUUGGCCCGGCAAGCACAUGCGUGUCCCAGGUGCCUUUCCAGAUGUCGAGAUGGAUUCUCUUCUCUUCGACAAUGUCCCUAUGGACAAAUUUGAGGCAACCCGACUUUACGACCACCAGUACCCCAGCCCGCGCAAGUUCGAGACCUACAACACACCCCCACGCAACGUAAUUCCAAAGAACCCCAUCUACUUUGAUCAGAGGGGAUACCCGAAGCCUCGAAAGGGAGCCCUCAGAAACCGUCUGCUCUUGGCUCGGCCCAAGAAGACAGCCCGGUUCAAACAAUGGCCACCACACUGGUACAUGCCAUCGGAGAAUGAGCCGGUCAAGCGUGUUUAUCCCCAGGAUAGCCAACCUCACGAAGAUGAAAACCAGGCACCAUCCGCCCCAGAGAAAGAGUCUGUCGAUGACACGAAGAAACGUGUCAUGGAGAAGAGUAACUCGGUCUUUAGCAUCUUGGACUCGUCUCCGAAGGCUCAGAAGCCACCCCGCAAACAACCGAAAAACUUGACCGAAUUCUUCGAAGACGACCCCCUCGGGUUCGAGGAACUGAGCAAGGACAAGUACCGGCUCGAACUCAGCCGUGAGAAGCGCGACGACUUCGACACGCGUAAGCAGCUUAUUGCCGACGCUGCCCACCAGUCCCAGGCCGAGGCAAGGGCCGAGGAGAGGAAACGUGCCGAGGAGGAGCGUCUUGCUGCGGAAGAAGCGCGCCGUCGUGCAGAGGAAGAGCGUCUUCGCGCCGAGGAGGAAGAGCUGAGGCGUGUUGAAGAGGCUGGCGAGCUGCGCCAGCCACGCAGCCCAGUGGUCCCACCACUCAGCGAUGACUGGGUCGCGCGGGCCCAGAGCACGCUGGAUGCCCGCCUCAACGCAGAGCUGGCCAGGACUCCCGAGGGCAGCCCACUUACUCGCAAGGACUUUGAAACCGUGGUCACCCCGAAUCAGUGGCUCAACGAUGAAAUUAUUAAUGGUACACUUCUUCACCUGGCCAAUUACAUCAAUCAGAAGGCCGGCAUUAAGAACACCCGUCUUCAAACCCCAAAGGUUCAGGUGUUCAACUCCUUCUUCGGCAAGAAGAUCUACGAGAACGGAGGCGAGGGCACGGAGCGCCAGAUGCGACGCACCGGCAUCCGAAAGGACACCUUCCUGAACAUUGAAGCGGUCCUCAUACCCAUCUGCCGCGGUGCCCACUGGACCCUCGUCGUGGUCCGUCCGAAAUACCGCCAGGCGCACCACUUCGAUUCCCUGAACGGAGCUGGCAACCCAGGUUUGAUAACAAAUGCGAUGAAGUGGGUGAAGAUGGUGCUUGAGGACCGAUUCGUCCCAUCUGAAUGGACCACAACAACCAUCCCUUCGCCCCGUCAACGCAACUUUGACGAUUGCGGCGUACACACAAUCACGAAUGGCAUAUGCGUCGCCAUGCACGUCGACCCCAUGUCCUAUUCAGCUGGCGACAUGGAGCAGCAGCGUCUCCACAUCGCCGCAGUGCUACUGAAUGAUGGUUUCAAGGGGGACUUGAGCCUGGACGACUUCUAG